UUUUAUUAAUACUCUGUAUUAUUCUAGCUAUAUUAAAUAGUUCAGGAUUCAAAACUACAUUGUUUGCUUCAUUGCACCAGUCUUUAAUUCCAAAUUUUAAGACUGUUAUCUUCUCAAAAGGUAUCACAUAUCUGUUUAAGACACCUGGCAUGAAUUAUACAUGACAUCACAUGACCUGUUUUGUGGACAUUAUUGUAGAAAAAGACACUGCUUAUGUCAUUGUGAAGAGGACAGCAAGACUGAACAAUGACAUUUAUAGCUAAGACGUUUUAUGAUCUACAUGCGACUACGCUGGAAGGGGACACAGUAGAUUUCAAUAUUUUCAGAGGAAGAGUGGUGCUAAUAGAGAAUGUGGCAUCACUCUGAGGAACAACCACCCAGGACUAUAUCCAGCUUAAUGAGCUCCAGAGCAGAUAUCCUCACCGACUCGUGGUCCUGGGCUUUCCCUGCAACCAGUUUGGAUACCAGGAGAACUCCUCUGAUGCAGAAAUUCUAAAUUCCUUGAAGUAUGUGCGUCCAGGUGAAGGGUAUAAACCUGCGUUCACCAUUUUUGAAAAGUGCAUUGUAAAUGGGAGUGAUGCACAUCCUGUCUUUUCCUACUUGAAAGACAAGCUUCCUUAUCCAGAUGAUGACCCUAUGUCACUGAUGCAGGACCCCAAAUAUCUGGUCUGGAAUCCCAUCAGUCGGAAUGAUAUUUCAUGGAAUUUUGAGAAGUUUCUGAUUGGGCCAGAGGGCGAGCCCUUCAAGAGAUACAGCAGAAAGUUUCAGACUAUCAGUAUUGAACCAGACAUUCAAAGACUGCUGAAGCUGACCUCAAAAACACACUAAUUGAUCAUGUGUCAUUAUUUAGUCAUGUAUUAACUCAAUACAAGAAGAUUGACAAUGCUUUUUAAUUCACAUUAUCUUCCAUGU